CUUCGCAGUCCUCCCAGGGCCGCUCUGACCUGCGUCUCCGCGACGCUCGCCUCCUUUCCGUAGUCCCUCCCAUCGCGGCCACUCGGCCCCCACCCUCUCGCCCUCCAAGCGGGUCUUCCCGGGGCCGCUCUGGCCCGAGCGUCCCUUCAUCUUUCUCAUCUGGCUCUUCCGGCUCGGAAGGGAGGCGCGGGUGGGUGAGCAAGGGAGUUCGUCUGUGGUGUCCAGGCCUAAGCCCCUGAAGACUGACUCUGCCCUGGGCACCCGCUCGCGCCCCGCCCCUGGCUGGAGGGGCGUCUCUCCUGGAGGACCUUCCGGGCCAGGCCAGGCCCGCACUCUAUGUAGGCCCCCGCCGAGCUGUAGAGCCCUUCGCCCACUGGGGACCCAGUGGUCUGUAAGGUCCAUUUCGGCCUGCAGCGGCCCGUUUAUGGGGUCAGCCAGCGUAUGGGGGCCCAUGUCUAUAAGGGACUCCCGUGGCCCCUAGGGGUCUGCCCCGUACGUAACGACCCCAUUUACAGGUUUUUCCAUGGGUCUAUAAGGGCCCACCCCUCGGUUUCCAGAGCCCACCAACAGCGGCGGUUCCCUUCGCGGGGACAGCGACUCCUGGACCUCCCUGCUCUACAAGGCCAUGUCCCAUCUAUAGAGGUCGCAUUUGCAGGACUUCAAACCGGGUGGAGGGGCUUCUCCGGGUCUUUAGGACCCGUCCCUCUGUAAGGGUCAGUGCUGGAGGCAGCGAUGGCCCUGGGCCGGGCUCUGGCUGCGGCGCUGGCUCUAUCUUUUUCCGUGCUGUGGCCACUGUCCCCUGGGGCCCGGGCAGGGGACUGCAAGGGACAGCGGCAAGUGCUGCGGGAGGCGCCAGGCUUCGUGACAGAUGGUGCGGGCAACUACAGCGUCAAUGGCAAUUGCGAGUGGCUCAUCGAGGCCCCGAGCUCCCAGUACCGGAUCCUGCUGGACUUCCUUUUCCUGGACACGGAAUGCACGUAUGACUACCUGUUCGUGUAUGAUGGUGACUCCCCCCGCGGGCCCCUGCUUGCCAGUCUGAGUGGGAGCACCCGGCCUCCGCCCAUUGAGGCUUCCUCAGGCAAGAUGCUGCUGCACCUCUUCAGCGAUGCCAACUACAACCUGCUGGGCUUCAAUGCCUCAUUCCGCUUCUCCCUGUGCCCGGGGGGCUGCUACAGCCAUGGGCAGUGCCAGCCCCCAGGGGUGUGUGUCUGUGAUCCGGGCUGGGGGGGCCCUGACUGCGGCCUGCAGGAGUGCCCAGCCUACUGUGGCAGCCACGGCACCUGUGCCUCGCCCCUGGGACCAUGCCUCUGUGAGCCUGGUUUCCUGGGACGCGCCUGUGACCUGCACCUUUGGGAGAACCAGGGGGCUGGCUGGUGGCACAACGUGAGUGCCGGGGACCCCGCCUUCUCCGCCCGUAUCGGGGCGGCUGGUGCCUUCCUGUCCCCACCGGGGCUGCUGGCUGUUUUCGGAGGCCAGGACCUCAACAGGGCCCUGGGUGACCUCGUCCUGUACAACUUCUCUGCCAACACCUGGGAGCGCUGGGACCUGAGUCCUGCCCCGGCUGCCCGUCACUCCCACGUGGCUGUGGCUUGGGCCGGCUCCCUCGUGCUGAUGGGUGGUGAGUUGGCUGACGGCUCCCUCACCAGUGACGUUUGGGCCUUUAGCCCGCUGGGUGGUGGCCACUGGGAGCUUCUGGCACCAGCUGCUUCCAGUUCCUCAGGGCCGCCAGGCCUGGCAGGUCACGCAGCAGCCCUAGUGGACAGCAUCUGGCUCUAUGUGUCUGGUGGCCGCACCCAGCACGACCUCUUCUCCUCUGGCCUCUUCCGUUUCCGCCUCGACAGCACCAGUGGGGGCUAUUGGGAGCAGGUGAUUCCGGCAGGUGGGCGGCCCCCUGCCGCCACUGGCCAUUCCAUGGUGUUCCAUGCCCCGUCGCGUGCCCUGCUGGUUCACGGUGGACACCGGCCCUCCACUGCCCGGUUCUCUGUGCGGGUGAACUCCACCGAGCUCUUCCACGUGGAUCGGCGCGUGUGGACCAGCCUGAAGGGCCGGGAUGGGCUUCAGGGCCCACGGGAGCGGGCCUUUCACACGGCCAGUGUCCUGGGCAACUACAUGGUGGUCUACGGGGGCAACGUGCACACCCAUUACCAGGAGGAAAAGUGCUAUGAAGAUGGCAUCUUCUUCUACCACCUUGGCUGCCAUCAGUGGGUGUCGGGGGCCGAGCUUGCCCCUCCAGGAACUCCUGAGGGCCGAGCAGCACCUCCCAGUGGUCGGUACUCACAUGUGGCGGCUGUGCUUGGUGGCAGCGUCCUGUUGGUGGCAGGGGGGUACAGUGGCCGGCCCCGUGGGGACUUGAUGGCCUACAAGGUGCCUCCCUUUGUGUUCCAGGCGCCUGCUCCAGACUACCACCUGGACUAUUGCUCCAUGUACACGGACCACAGCGUAUGUUCCCGAGACCCUGAAUGCAGUUGGUGUCAGGGAGCCUGCCAAGCUGCCCCACCUCCUGGGACUCCCUCGGGGGCCUGUCCGGCUGCCAGCUGCCUGGGCCUGGGCCGCCUCCUGGGUGACUGCCAGGCCUGUCUGGCGUUCAGCAGCACCGCCGCUCCUCCCCGGGGGCCCGGCGCCCUGGGCUGGUGCGUACACAACGAGAGCUGCCUCCCUCGGCCUGAGCAGGCCCGCUGCCGUGGGGAGCAGAUCUCAGGCACCGUGGGCUGGUGGGGGCCCGUACCUGUCUUCGUUACCUCCCUGGAGGCCUGUGUCACCCAGAGCUUCCUGCCUGGCCUGCACCUGCUCACCUUCCAACAGCCGCCCAAUGCCUCCCAGCCUGACAAGGUCUUGAUUGUCCGCAGUACGACCAUCACCCUGACACCUAGCUCAGAGACCGACGUGUCCGUGGUCUACCGUGGCUUCAUCCACCCACUGCUGCCAGGAGGGCCUGGAGGGCCAGGGGCUGAGGACGUGGCCGUGUGGGCCCGGGCCCAGCGCCUGCACGUACUGGCCCGGAUGGCCCGUGGCCCUGACACAGAAAGCAUGGAGGAGGUAGGGCGCUGGGUGGCUCAGCAGGAGAAGGAGACGAGGCGCCUGCAGCGUCCAGGGUCCGCUCGCCUCUUCCCACUGCCUGGCCGGGGCCACAAGUACGCGGUAGAGAUCCGGGGCCAGCUCAACGGCUCAGCGGGCCCUGGACACAGCGAGCUCACCCUGCUGUGGGACCGGACUGGCGUGCCAGGUGGCAGCGAGAUCUCCUUCUUCUUCCUGGAGCCCUACCGCUCGUCGGCCUGCGCCUCCUACCCCUCCUGCCUGGGCUGCUUGGCAGACCAGGGCUGCGGCUGGUGCCUGGCCAGCGCGACCUGCCACCUGCGCCAGAGUGGGGCCCACUGUGGGGACCGCGGGGCCGGCGGCUCCCUGCUGGUGCUGGUGCCUGCCCUCUGUCCACUCUGUGAGGAGCAUCGAGACUGCCACGCCUGCACCCAGGACCCCUUCUGCGAGUGGCAUCAGAGCACCAGCCGCAAGGGGGACGCAGCGUGCAGCCGGCGGGGCCGGGGUCGGGGUGCCCUGAAGAGCCUGCAAGAGUGUCCCCCACUCUGCAGCCAGCGCCUGACCUGUGACGACUGCCUGGCCAACUCAAGCCAGUGUGCCUGGUGCCAGUCCACCCACACCUGCUUCAUGUUCGCCGCCUACCUGGCCCGGUACCCGCACGGGGGCUGCCGAGGCUGGGACGACAGCGUGCACUCAGAGCCACGGUGCCGGAGCUGUGACCGCUUCCUGACCUGCCACGAGUGUCUGCAGAGCCACGAGUGUGGCUGGUGUGGCAAUGAGGACAACCCCACGCUGGGACGUUGCCUCCAGGGGGACUUCUCCGGGCCUCUGGGUGGGGGUAACUGCUCCCUGUGGGUCGGGGAGGGCCUGGGGCUGUCUGUGGCCCUCCCUGCCCGCUGGGCAUAUGCCCGCUGUCCAGAUGUGGAUGAGUGUCGCUUGGGCCUGGCGCGGUGCCACCUGCGGGCGACCUGCCUGAACACACCCCUCAGCUAUGAGUGUCACUGCCAGAGGGGCUACCAGGGUGAUGGCAUCACAUACUGCAACCGCACGUGCCUGGAGGACUGUGGCCAUGGCGUGUGCAGUGGCCCCCCAGACUUCACCUGCGUGUGUGACCUGGGCUGGACAUCGGACCUGCCCCCUCCCACGCCUGCCCCAGGACCCCCCGCCCCCCGCUGUUCUCGGGACUGUGGCUGCAACUUCCACAGCCACUGCCACAAGCGGGGGCCCGGCUUCUGCGAUGAGUGCCAGGACUGGACGUGGGGGGAACACUGCGAACGGUGCCGGCCGGGCAGCUUUGGUAACGCCACAGGCUCAGGCGGCUGCCGGCCCUGCCAGUGCAACGGGCAUGGGGACCCACGCCGAGGCCACUGCGACAACCUCAGCGGGCUCUGCUUCUGCCAGGACCACACUGAGGGCGCCCACUGCCAGCUCUGCUCUCCUGGCUACUAUGGGGACCCCCGGGCUGGUGGCUCCUGCUUCCGGGAGUGUGGGGGUCGUGCCCUCCUCACCAACGUGUCCUCCGUGGCACUGGGCUCACGCCGGGUUGGGGGGCUACUGCCUCCAGGUGGUGGGGCAGCGAGAGCUGGGCCAGGCCUGUCCUAUUGUGUGUGGGUUGUCUCAGCCACCGAGGUGCUACAGCCCUGUGCCCCUGGGACCCUCUGUCCCCCACUUACCCUCACCUUCUCCCCCGACAGCAGCACCCCCUGCACGCUGAGCUAUGUCCUGGCCUUUGAUGGAUUCCCACGCUUCCUGGACACUGGUGUCGUCCAGUCGGACCGUAGCCUCAUUGCUGCCUUCUGCGGCCAGCGGCGGGACAGGCCUCUCACUGUGCAGGCCCUGUCUGGGCUGCUGGUGCUGCACUGGGAGGCCAACGGCUCCUCGUCCUGGGGCUUCAAUGCCUCUGUGGGCUCUGCCCGCUGUGGGUCAGGGGGCCCCGGGAGUUGCCCUGUCCCCCAGGAGUGUGUGCCCCAGGACGGGGCCGCAGAUGCUGGACUCUGCCGAUGUCCCCAGGGCUGGGCAGGCCCACACUGCCGCAUGGCUCUGUGUCCUGAGAACUGUAAUGCCCACAACGGGGCAGGGACCUGUAACCAGAGCCUGGGCGUGUGCAUCUGUGCUGAGGGCUUCGGGGGACCUGACUGUGCCACAAAGCUGGACGGUGGGCAGCUGGUCUGGGAGACCCUCAUGGACAGCCGCCUCUCAGCCGACACAGCUAGCCGCUUCCUGCACCGCCUGGGGCACACUAUGGUGGAGGGACCUGAGGCCACCUUGUGGAUGUUUGGGGGCCUGGGUCUGCCCCAGGGGCUGCUGGGAAACCUGUACAGGUACUCAGUGAGCGAAAGGCGGUGGACACAGAUGUUGGCAGGAGCUGAGGACGGGGGCCCAGGCCCCUCACCCCGCUCCUUCCAUGCAGCUGCCUAUGUGCCUGCUGGCCGUGGCGCCAUGUACCUGUUGGGGGGGCUCACGGCUGGGGGCGUCGCCCGGGAUUUCUGGGUCCUCAACCUCACCACCCUGCAGUGGCGGCAGGAGAAGGCCCCGCAGACCGUGGAGCUGCCAGCAGUUGCUGGUCACACCCUUACUGCCCGCCGAGGCCUGUCUCUGCUCCUGGUGGGUGGUUACUCCCCUGAAAAUGGCUUCAACCAGCAGCUGCUUGAGUACCAGCUGGCAACCGGCACCUGGGUGUCCGGAGCCCAGAGCGGGACACCUCCCACAGGUCUAUAUGGUCAUUCCGCUGUGUAUCACGAGGCCACUGACUCCCUCUACGUGUUUGGGGGCUUCCGCUUCCACGUGGAGCUGGCGGCCCCAUCCCCUGAGCUCUACUCCCUGCACUGUCCUGACCGCACCUGGAGCCUGCUGGCCCCUUCUCAGGGGGCAAAGCCCCGCCCCCGACUUUUCCACGCCUCAGCCUUGCUAGGAGACACCAUGGUGGUCCUUGGGGGGCGCUCGGACCCUGAUGAGUUCAGCAGCGAUGUCCUGCUCUACCAGGUCAACUGCAACACCUGGCUCCUGCCUGACCUCAUCCGCCCAGCCUCUGUGGGACCACCAAUGGAGGAGUCUGUGGCCCACGCUGUGGCAGCGGUAGGGGGUCGCCUGUAUAUCUCAGGAGGCUUUGGGGGAGUGGCCCUGGGCCGCCUGCUGGCCCUGACCCUGCCCCCGGACCCCUGCCACCUGCUGCCCUCGCCCGAAGCUUGUAACCAGUCUGGGGCCUGUACCUGGUGCCAUGGGGCCUGCCUGUCCGGGGACCAGGCCCAUAGGCUGGGCUGUGGUGGUCCCCCCUGCUCUCCAAUGCCCCACUCCCCCGAGGAAUGUCGACGUCUGCGGACCUGCAGUGAGUGCCUGGCCCGCCAUCCCCGGACCCUGCAGCCUGGAGAUGGAGAGGCAUCUGCCCCCCGCUGUAAGUGGUGUACCAACUGCCCUGAGGGUGCCUGCAUCGGGCGCAAUGGGUCCUGCACCUCGGAGAAUGACUGUCGCAUCAACCAGCGAGAGGUCUUCUGGGCUGGGAACUGCUCGGAGGCCGUGUGUGGGGCGGCCGACUGCAAGCAGUGCACAAGGGAGGGCAAGUGCAUGUGGACGCGGCAGUUCAAGAGGACUGGGGAGACCCGCCGCAUCCUCUCGGUGCAGCCCACCUAUGACUGGACGUGCUUCAGCCACUCUCUGCUGAACGUGUCCCCGAUGCCGGUGGAAUCAUCGCCCCCCCUGCCCUGCCCCACGCCCUGUCACCUCCUGCCCAACUGCACCUCCUGCCUGGACUCCAAGGGUGCAGACGGGGGCUGGCAGCACUGUGUCUGGAGCAGCAGCCUCCAACAGUGUCUGAGCCCCUCCUACCUGCCCCUGCGAUGUAUGGCUGGAGGCUGCGGGCGGCUGCUCCGAGGACCCGAGAGCUGCUCCCUGGGCUGUGCUCAGGCAACACAGUGCGCCCUGUGCCUACGGCGGCCCCACUGUGGCUGGUGUGCCUGGGGGGGCCAGGAUGGGGGUGGCCGCUGCCUGGAGGGUGGACUCAGCGGCCCCCGCGAUGGGCUGACAUGUGGACGACCUGGGGCCUCCUGGGCCUUCCUGUCCUGCCCCCCUGAGGACGAGUGUGCAAACGGGCACCACGACUGCAAUGAAACACAGAACUGCCAUGACCGGCCCCACGGUUACGAGUGCAGCUGCAAGACGGGCUACACCAUGGACAACGUGACGGGGCUGUGCCGCCCCGUGUGCGCCCAGGGCUGCGUGAACGGCUCAUGCGUGGAGCCCGACCACUGCCGCUGCCACUUCGGCUUUGUCGGCCACAACUGCUCCACGGAGUGUCGCUGCAACCGCCACAGCGAGUGCGCCGGUGUGGGGGCCCGCGACCACUGCCUGCUCUGCCACAAUCACACCAAGGGCAGCCACUGUGAGCAGUGCCUCCCCCUGUUCGUGGGUUCAGCCGUGGGGGGCGGGACCUGCCGGCCCUGCCACGCCUUUUGUCGGGGCAACAGCCAGGUCUGCGUCUCCAGGAAGGAGCUUGAAAUGGCCAGGAAGGAGCCGGAGAAGUACUCGCUGGAUCCAGAUGAGAUCGAAAACUGGGUGACAGAGGGGCCUAGUGAAGACGAGGCUGUGUGUGUGAACUGCCACAAUAAUAGCUAUGGGGACAAAUGUGAGAGCUGCCUCCAUGGCUACUUCCUCCUCGACGGGAAGUGCACCAAAUGUCAGUGUAAUGGCCAUGCAGACACAUGUAACGAGCAGGACGGGACAGGCUGCCCGUGUCAGAACAACACAGAGACGGGCACGUGCCAGGGCAGCUCCCCCAGCGACCGCCGAGACUGCUACAAAUACCAGUGUGCCAAGUGCCGGGAGUCAUUCCACGGGAGCCCGCUGGGUGGCCAGCAGUGCUACCGCCUCAUCUCCGUGGAGCAGGAGUACUGCCUGGACCCCACGUCCCAGACCAACUGUUUCCACGAGCCGAAGCGCCGCGCUCUGGGCCCCGGCCGCACUGUCCUCUUUGGCGUGCAGCCCAAGUUCACCAAUGUGGACAUCCGCCUGACGCUGGAUGUGACCUUUGGCGCCGUGGACCUCUACGUCUCCACCUCCUAUGACACCUUCGUGGUCCGUGUGGCCCCCGACACUGGUGUCCACACCGUACACAUCCAGCCGCCACCGCCUCCCCCAGCCCCUCCACCCCCUGCUGACGGUGGGCCCCGGGGGGCUGGGGAUCUGGGGGGACCUGGGGCCGGAGGUGGGCCGGCCACCCCAGCGGAGCCACGAGUGCGGGAGGUGUGGCCACGGGGCCUGAUCACCUACGUGACGGUGACAGAGCCAUCCGUGGUGCUGGUGGUCCGUGGCGUGCGGGACCGGCUGGUCAUCACCUACCCGCACGAGCACCACACCCUCAAGUCCAGCCGUUUCUACCUGCUCCUGCUGGGCGUGGGAGACCCAAGUGGGCCCAGUGCUAAUGGCUCGGCCGACUCGCAGGGCCUGCUCUUCUUCAGGCAGGACCAGGCCCACAUCGACCUGUUUGUCUUCUUCUCCGUCUUCUUCUCCUGCUUCUUUCUCUUCCUCUCACUCUGCGUGCUGCUCUGGAAGGCCAAGCAGGCCCUGGAUCAGCGGCAGGAGCAGCGCCGGCACCUGCAAGAAAUGACCAAGAUGGCCAGCCGCCCCUUCGCCAAGGUCACCGUCUGCUUCCCACCCGACCCUGCUGCCCCGGCCCCCGCCUGGAAGCCGGCCGGGCUCCCACCACCCACCUUCCGCCGCUCUGAGCCCUUCUUGGCACCCUUGCUGCUGACGGGGGCUGGCGGGCCCUGGGGACCCGUGGGAGGGAGCUGCUGCCCACCAACCAUCCCUGCCACCACUGCUGGCCUGCGAGCCGGGCCUAUCACCCUCGAGCCCACUGAAGAUGGCAUGGCCGGCGUGGCCACCCUGUUGCUCCAGCUGCCUGGCGGGCCCCAUGCACCCAACGGCGCCUGCCUGGGGUCAGCCCUUGUCACUCUGCGGCACAGGCUGCAUGAGUACUGUGGGGGGAGCGGGGGUGCUGGGGGCGGUGGGCACGGGGCUGGUGCAGGCCGGAAGGGACUGCUGAGCCAGGACAACCUCACCAGCAUGUCUCUCUGACCCGUGGUGGGACCCUCAGCCACAGCAGUCGAGUCCCCUGAGGGGGCCGCCCUGGACUUGGGGCCCCUCCACCUGGGACACUGUGUCCUCAGAGACCUCUGGUUUCCUUCCCCUGGGUGGGGUGGGGUGGGGUGGGGGGGUCCCCAGACAGGCCUUCUUUGUUCUGCAUUCAACAAUUAUUUAUUGAAUACCUACUAUGUGCCAGGCACUGUUGAAGGCACUGGGCAGAGCGGGAACCAAGACAGCCAAGGUUCCCUGAUCUUGUGGGAUUUAGGUUCUAGUGAAGGGAUCCCGUCGGCAUGCGCGCACAUGCGCGCGCACACACAGAUGAGUCAGGCCAUGGCGAAUGGGACGAGUGCCGUGAGGUAGCAACGGAACGUGGCUGUGAGGAACCUUGGGGUAGUCAGUUGGUCCCUGUGCGAAGCUAGACUUUAAGAAGGAAACUGGCUGUGGGAAGAGCUGUGGGAAGCGGGAUCCAGGCAGAGGGAACUGUUAGGACAAAGGCCCUGAGGCGGGAACCAGCUUCUGUUAUUGGAAGGAUCAGAAGGCUGGCCAGUGUGACCCAGACCACGUGUGAAGAGGAGAUGAGGUCAGGGUCAGGCAGGGGCGGAUCACCCAGGGCCUGUGGGCCACACAUAGGGUUUGGGGUUUUAUUCUCAGGGCAUUGGGCAGCCAUCGGACAGUUUUAGGAGGGAGAAUGACAGGAUCCGAUGUAUUUAAGAGGUCACUCCGCUCUGUGGAGAGUGGACUGGGGACGGUGAAAGAGAGGCAGCAGGGGGACAAGAGAUGGGCCAGAUCAGGGAAGUGGCCAUGAGAAGAGGAGUCGGGAACAGAUGCAGGCUGUGGGUGGAAGGAUGUGACGAUGGUGUGGACGUCGGAGUGAGGGAGGGAAGGAGUCCAGGCUGACCCCAACUUUGUGGCCCAAACUGUGGGUGGAAGGUGGGUUUAUAAAGACGGGGCAGACUGGAGCUGUGGGGGGAAACCAGGAGUCCAGCUUUAGACCUAAGAUCCCCUUUAGAGACACCUCUUCGGGUAGGUCCAAGCAGGGAAACACAGUCACCCGGAGUCUUUUCAGCAAAGGGAGCUGAGUGCGGGGAUUGGCUCUACUGGUGAGGGAUGCUGCCGAGAAGAGAUGGGACAGUGAGGCAGCCCAGGGGAGAGCCAGAGCAGGACGCUGCUGCUGCCACCGCUAGGCUGGAGGGACGAGGCUCAGGUGGUGGUACCUGACCCCAGGACCAGGGUCACUGUGCUCAGAGGGGGCAUAAGGAGACAAAGCCCCUGCCUGAGAUGCCGCCCCGGGAAGGGCAGGGUUGGGUGGGGGACACCAGGGUUCGAAUAGAAAUGGCAGAGUUUUCAACAUACAGCUCUCUUCCCAGACAAUGCUGCCUUGAAGCAGCAUCUGGCUUUUCCCCAGGGCCUACCCUCACCCCAGCCACCACCUUGCUGAGCCCUUCUGCCCCUUGAGGACCGCCUCUGCCCCCCAUCCCCACCCCAUCCUAACCAUCUUGAACUUGGGACUCCUUUCCCAAGACUCCAUCCCUCAGCUGUUUUUUUGGACCUUGGAGAGCUGGGCCCCGUGUCUUCCUCUCCGUCUGAGGCCAUGUGUGCCCUUAGAGGCCGUCUGAAAGAGGGGGAGCGAUUAAAGCAACAAAUAGUGUGGGGAAGA